AUGCCCGCUAGUAACGUCCGUGUCGCCGUCACCCAAGCUGAGCCGGCUUGGUUGGAUCUUGAGACUGGCGUCACCAAGACAUGCGAGUUGAUUGAAGAGGCCGCGAAAAACAAUGCAAAGCUGAUAGCCUUCCCUGAGUGCUGGAUUCCUGGGUAUCCCUGCUGGAUCUGGACUCGGCACUUGGAUGUUGAGCUGAACAUUGCUUAUGUAAAGAAUUCUCUACGCUUAAACUCUCCGGAGAUGAAGAAGAUCCAGGCAUGUGCCAAGGCGAAUGCGAUCGGAGUGUCUCUAGGAUUCUCCGAGAAUAGUAACGACUCCGUCUACAUUGCUCAAAUGGUGAUUGGCACCGACGGAGAGAUUAAGAUUCAUCGUCGCAAAAUGAAACCGACUCACAUGGAACGUACAAUUUUCGGCGAUGCAUCGGGCGAAUGUUUCUCGAGCGUUGCUGAUCUGUCAUUUGCGCGUGUUGGUUCUUUGUCUUGCUGGGAACAUAUCCAGCCCCUGCUUAAAUACCACACUCUCUCACAACAAGAGGAUAUCCAUGUCUCUGCCUGGCCUAAUCUAUUUCCUCACACCGGAGGACAGGAUUUGUGGUCCAUGUCGGCAGAAGGCUGCCAAGCGCUUUCUCAGACAUAUGCGAUCGAGUCUCAGAGCUUUGUUCUGCACUGCACUGCAGUCCUUAGCCAGGACGGUGUCGAUCUGAUGAAUACAUCCGGCGGCGCACUCAUGUCGUCGCCUGGUGGGGGCAACUCGACUGUCUUUGGCCCGGACGGAAGAAGAUUGACCGACCCGGUAGAAAGCACAACGGAAAAGAUCAUCUAUGCUGACCUGGAUAUGGAUUUUAUUGUGGCAACCAGGCUUUUUGCAGACGCAACCGGUCACUACAGUCGCCCAGACCUAAUGUCUUUGAACGUCUGCAACCGUGUGAAGAAGAUGAUCCACGCGGAAGAGAUAGUGGAGCCGGGAGAGACUGCUGUCGAUAGAACUCUCUUGAAUUCG